AAGGCAAGACUUGCUGUCGGUUGCAACCAGAGCUUCGAGAGCCGUGUCGCAUUGCAAAGCACAGCUUAGCAGCUUACUCGUCCUCCGCCAAGACCGACUCAUCCUUCCUCUGAGCAAGCAUGCGCGAGUGCAUUUCCGUCCACAUUGGCCAGGCUGGCGUCCAGAUUGGAAAUGCCUGCUGGGAACUGUACUGCCUUGAACACGGCAUCCAGCCGGACGGCCAAAUGCCUUCUGACAAAACCAUUGGCGGUGGCGAUGACAGCUUUAACACUUUCUUCAGCGAGACAGGCGCUGGGAAACAUGUGCCUCGCGCUGUGUUCGUUGACUUGGAACCUACCGUCGUAGACGAGGUCCGCACUGGAACGUACCGCCAGCUUUUCCAUCCAGAACAACUGAUUACCGGCAAGGAGGAUGCGGCCAACAACUACGCCCGCGGCCACUACACCAUCGGAAAGGAGAUCGUUGAUGUCGUGCUGGACCGGAUCCGCAAACUUGCCGACAUGUGCACCGGUCUGCAAGGAUUCCUCAUUUUCCACUCAUUCGGCGGAGGCACUGGAUCUGGUUUCACCUCGCUUCUCAUGGAGCGCUUGUCUGUUGACUACGGCAAGAAGAGCAAACUCGAGUUCUCCAUUUACCCUGCUCCACAGGUUUCGACUGCUGUUGUUGAGCCGUACAACUCGAUCCUAACGACCCACACGACGCUGGAGCACUCGGACUGCGCCUUCAUGGUGGACAACGAGGCCAUCUACGACAUUUGCCGACGCAACCUGGACAUCGAGCGGCCGACCUACACGAACCUGAACCGCCUGAUCGGCCAGAUCGUGUCCAGCAUCACGGCUUCCCUUCGCUUCGAUGGUGCCCUCAACGUCGAUCUGACCGAGUUCCAGACGAACCUGGUGCCCUAUCCGCGCAUCCACUUUCCGCUGGCCACCUACGCUCCGGUCAUCUCGGCAGAGAAGGCCUACCACGAGCAGUUGACCGUGGCCGAAAUCACCAACGCCUGCUUCGAACCCGCUAAUCAGAUGGUCAAAUGCGAUCCUCGCCAGGGCAAGUACAUGGCCUGCUGCAUGCUGUACCGAGGAGAUGUCGUCCCCAAAGACGUCAACGCCGCCAUCGCCACCAUCAAGACUAAGCGGUCCAUCCAGUUUGUCGACUGGUGCCCAACUGGAUUUAAGGUUGGCAUCAACUAUCAACCGCCGACCGUCGUACCUGGCGGAGACUUGGCAAAGGUGCAGCGCGCCGUGUGCAUGUUGAGCAACACGACGGCUAUUGCCGAGGCUUGGGCACGGCUCGACCACAAAUUCGACUUGAUGUACGCCAAACGCGCCUUUGUCCACUGGUAUGUGGGCGAAGGCAUGGAGGAAGGCGAGUUCUCCGAGGCCCGCGAGGACUUGGCCGCCCUCGAGAAAGACUACGAGGAGGUUGGCGUCGACUCUGUCGACGGAGAAGCCGACGAGGGAGACGAAUACUAAUUUUUUACUACUUCACUGUUCACUGACAGGAUUAAAUUUAUUUUUUGAUAUUUUUGCGUAACACUCGAUGUCAUUUAAAGAACACAUGUGCUUUUGAACUUGCAAGCAACUAAAUAAAGGUGAAUAUAAUUUUCAGCCUCGA